AUGGCCUCGGCAAUCAAGAGUGCUCUGCCCUCCCACCUGAAGCCUGGCAAUGCCUCUGGCAACGGCGACGAGUCUGAGUUCUCCGGCAAGCACCAUGGCAAGACCCGAUCGCACAUGGCUUUCGAGAACACCUCCACCAACAUUGCUGCUGCCCAGAUGCGCAAUGCGCUGACCUCGCUCAGCGAGACCGUGAAGGACCCAAAUGAGAAGAAGCUGUUCGAGACCGAGAUGGACAACUUCUUCUCCUUGUUCCGACGAUACCUCAACGACAAGGCCAAGGGCAACUCGGUCGACUGGGACCGCAUUGCCCCCCCUGCCGAGGGUCAGGUUGUCGACUACGACGCCCUGGCCAACACGGACUCUGUUGAUUUCCUGAACAAGCUUGCUGUCCUGAAGCUUAAUGGUGGUCUGGGUACCUCCAUGGGCUGCGUUGGCCCCAAGUCCGUCAUUGAGGUCCGUGAUGGCAUGUCCUUCCUGGACCUUUCCGUUCGUCAGGUCGAGUACCUCAACCGAACAUACGGCACCAACGUGCCCUUCAUCCUGAUGAACUCGUUCAACACCAACGAUGAUACCGCAGCUAUCAUCAAGAAGUACGAGGGCCACAACGUCGACAUCCUCACUUUCAACCAGUCCCGAUACCCCAGAAUCCACAAGGACUCCCUUCUCCCCGUGCCCAAGGACUUCGACUCCCCUAUUAGCGAGUGGUACCCUCCCGGACACGGUGACGUCUUCGAGUCCCUGUACAACUCUGGAAUCCUCGACAAGCUUAUUGAGCGUGGAAUCGAGGUCAUCUUCCUGUCCAACGUCGACAACCUGGGCGCUGUCGUCGACCUGCGCAUCCUGCAGCACAUGUUCGAGAGCAAGUCCGAGUACAUCAUGGAGCUGACCAACAAGACCAAGGCCGAUGUCAAGGGUGGUACCAUCAUCGACUACGAGGGCUCCGUGCGCCUGCUCGAGAUUGCCCAGGUCCCCAAGGAGCAUGUCAACGAGUUCAAGUCCAUCAAGAAGUUUAAGUACUUCAACACCAACAACAUCUGGAUGAACAUCAACGCCAUCAAGCGUGUUGUCGAGAACAACGAGCUCGAGAUGGAGAUCAUCCCCAACGGCAAGUCUAUCCCUGGCGACAAGAAGGGCGAGAGCGAUAUCAGCAUCGUCCAACUCGAGACCGCCGUCGGUGCCGCCAUUCGUCACUUCAGCAACGCGCACGGUGUCAACGUGCCCCGUCGGCGUUUCCUGCCCGUCAAGACCUGCUCUGACCUGAUGCUGGUCAAGUCUGACUUGUACGCCGUUAAGCACGGCCAACUGCAAAUGAGCGCCAACCGCUUCGGUGACGCGCCUCUGAUCAAGCUGGGAUCCGACUUCAAGAAGGUCUCGGACUUCCAGAAGCACAUCCCCUCCAUCCCCAGGAUCAUCGAGCUUGACCACCUGACUAUCACCGGUGCCGUCAACCUCGGCCGUGGCGUGACGCUCAAGGGCACCGUUAUCAUCGUUGCCACCGAGGGCAGCACCAUCGACAUUCCUCCAGGAUCCAUUCUGGAGAACGUGGUCGUCCAGGGUAGCUUGCGUCUGCUCGAGCAUUAA